GGCGGGGGCAGAGGCCGGGGAGGAGCGAAGGGGCCUAGAGGGCUCCGCGAAAACUGUGUGGCACUGGCGCCGGUCGGAGAGGCAUCCGGGUUGGACCGGCCCGAGUCGGAGCUCUGUUCCCAGCACAGCCCGAGGAGGCAGCCUAGAGGGCGGACGGACCGACGGCAGGGAGGGCCAGCAUGUCCCUGCUGCUGCACCCCGCCCUGCCGCUGCUCCUAGGAGCCACGCUGACCUUCCGAGCACUCCGGCGCGCGCUGCGGCGCCUGCCCCUGCCCGCUCACGUGCGAGCGGACCCCUUGCGCACCUGGCGCUGGCACAACCUGCUUGUCUCCUUCGCCCACUCCAUUGUAUCGGGGAUCUGGGCGCUGCUGUGUGUGUGGCAGACCCCCGAGAUGCUGGUGGAAAUCGAGACGGCGUGGUCGCUUUCUGGCUAUUUGCUCGUUUGCUUCUCUGCAGGGUAUUUCAUCCACGACACAGUGGACAUCGUGGUCAGUGGUCAGACGCGAGCUUCUUGGGAAUACCUUGUCCAUCACGUCAUGGCCAUGGGCGCCUUCUUCGCAGGCAUCUUUUGGAGCAGCUUUGUCGGUGGGGGUGUCCUGACACUCCUGGUGGAGGUCAGCAACAUCUUCCUCACCAUCCGCAUGAUGAUGAAGAUCAACAACGCGCAGAGCCACCCCCUCUACCGGGUCAAUAAGUAUGUCAACUUGGUCAUGUACUUCCUCUUCCGCCUGGCCCCCCAGGCCUACCUCACCAAGUUCUUCCUGCGCUACCUGGGCCAGAGGACCCUGGGCAGCUUCCUGCUGGUCACCCUGCUCCUGCUCGACUUGAUGAUCCUCAUUUACUUCUCACGCCUCCUGCGCUCAGACUUCUGCCCUGAGCGUGCCCCCAAGGGGCAGCACAAAGACAAGUUCUUGACGGAGUGAGACCCAGAGCCUGCCACUUGUGGCAAGGGCAGCAGAUACAGCCAAUAGAAACCACCUGACCGGCAGUGGGACUCGGCCCCAGGACACCCAGGCCUCUCUACCUUGAACCUGCACCCACUAUUGAAAACACUAAUGAAAGCA